UUUUAUGGUUCUUAGAUACCACGAUAUUUUAGCAAAACAUUGCAUUGCAACAUUUAUACAUUAGUGCUGGUCCAUGAACGCCGUUCUGCAGACUGAGGCGGCGAUGUUGCCGGGCCGGGGUUCGGCGCCCACGUAGAUGGUGGUCAUCAACCCGGGACGCGGCCCGGGCGUCUGGCCACGCCAGCCACUGUCCGACACGCUGAUCGACACCACGGAGACCGGCAAGAUGUCGGCCCGGGCCACCCUCAUCUGCCGACCCAACUCGCACCCCUUCCAGGAGCGCAACCUCGCCCUGGACAACCCGGAGAAGAUCGGAAGGUCGGUGGCCCGGGUCCGCGCCGCUCCCAACAACGCCAUCUUCGACUGCAAGGUGCUGUCCCGCAACCACGCACUGCUCUGGUUCGAGAGUGGCAAGUUUUUUCUGCGAGACACCAAGAGCAGCAACGGCACGUUUGUCAACAGCCAGCGCCUGGGCAAAGGCGCGGACGACUCGGCGCCGCGCGAGCUGUGUUCUGGCGACAUCGUCCAGUUUGGCGUCGACGUCAUGGAGAACUCGAAAAAAGUGACACACGGCUGCAUUGUGGCCACGCUGAAGCUGUUCUUUCCCGACGGCAAGGAGGCCAAAGCCAGAGGAUCCACACCCGAGGUUAUGAUUAACGGCGCCGAUCACGCCACCCCGCUCCACUCGCCCGAGCUGUACCAGCUGCAGCAGUGUGUCCAGGAGGCUGUGCACCGGGAGCAGGCGGUGGAGACCAAGCUGGCCACGCUACAGCGGCUGAUGGACGGCGUGCAGGCGGCCACCAACAGCAGCUGGAAGGCGCUCAUCGACGAGGACCGCCUGCUGACGCGGCUCGAGAUACUCGAGGGACAGCACGCGCUCUACUCCAAGAACUUUGGGGAGGACAAGCUGCGUGAAGAAAUAGCGCGACUCCAGGAAGAAAAGAACACAUACCAGAAUGUAGCCAAGGAAAGUCUCAAGAAGGUUCUGCAGGAGAAACUGGAGGCUGUGCGGAGACUUCAGGAGGUAGAAAGGUCGCUGACCUCCGCCCAGGACGAGUGCCGCUGCCAGACCGAGCUGCGCGAGGCCACCGCUGGUGAGCUGGCCGAGCUGGCCGCCAAGUACGAGGCCAAGCUGGCUACGCUCACCGAGCUCGAGACCAAGGUCAAGGAGCUGGAGGAGGAGCAGGCGGCGGCCGAAGAGCGCUGGCAGGCGGAGCGGGCGCGGCUGGAGGCGCGCGACGCCCAGCAGCGCACCGAGGAGGCGCAGCAGCGCGCCCGGCUCGAGGGCCUGCAGGCCGAGAGCGACUUCACCAAGCAGCAGCUGGCCGCCGUCCGGCAGAAGCUGCAGACCAAGCUGGGCGAAUGGACCCCGAACGGCGACGUGGCGCUGGAGUCUGGCGGCAUGCAGCAGACGGAGCAGGAGCUGCAGACGGUGCGCACUCAGCUCAGCUCGGCCGAGAGUCAGCUGGCGGCCGCCACACACACCAUCGGCCAGCUCAAGGACAGCUUUAAGGAAGCUGAAGCAGAAAUUUCUACAUUUAAAGCGAAGGCAUCUUCAUUAGAAGCCGAGCUGAAGAAGGCUCAGGAGGAGCAGGCCGCUAAGCUGGAGGAGGUCCAGAAGCUGGAGCAGAGCCUCAAGGAGAAGGAGAGCGAGCUGCUCAAGCUGGAGAAACAGCGGUCGGCCGGUGAUGCCGACAUCAAAGACAGCCAGGUAGACGUCGCGCAGCUGAAGAACAAGGUGCAGACGUUGCAGGAGCUGUUGGACGAGACGCGGCGGGCGGGCGCCGACUGCGACGGGCGCGUCGAGCGCUACCAGUCGCAGCUGCUGGUGACGCGCAACAACGCCCAGGAGGCGACCCUGCGCGCUGACCACCUGGGCUCCCAGCUCAAGGAGGCCGAGUCGAGCCUGGCGGUGCAGUCGGAGCGGACCGAGCAGCUGCAGCAGAUGGUGCUGCGGCUGGCGGCCAGCGUCACCGAGGCCGUCGGACAGCUGCAGACGGUGCAGCAGGCGGCCGACCAGCGGCAGCAGGCGGCUGAGCAGGACCGCGCGCGCGCCGAGCAGCUUCGGGGUCAGCUGGCGGCUGCCGAGCAGCGCGCCGACGCCUCGGACAGCGAGGCGGGCUCCAUGCGCCUCCAGCUGGCCGAGCUGCGCGCUCAGCUGGCGGCGGCAGCUGGAGCUGCGCUGCCGCACCCCGAGGACCCGGAGAAGGUCGAGCUGCGCCGACAGCUGCGCCGCAUGGACGAACAGCUCAAGGAGCUGGCCGUGCAAAACCGGACGUCCGGUGCCUAUCGCGUGCUGCCGCUGCUGGUGCUCGCCUGGAGUGUCUGCAUCGCCUUCUACGACUGGCUCGCCUGCCUGACGGCCACGCGCGAACCGUAG